UGGAUGGGACUGGGCAGUGCGAGCUAAGCCGUGACUGAUUGCGGGCGCUCGGACUCAGUAUGGAAAAUCUCCUCUGGGUCCUGGGAUUUCUGCUGCUGGCUUCAGGACUGCCGCUCCAGGAGGCCAAGCGAUUCCGUGAUGUGCUGGGCCACGAGCAGUCUCCAGGUCACGUGAGGGAGCACAACCAAUUACGUGGCUGGUCUUCUGAUGAAACGGAGUGGAAUGAAAACCUGUACCCGGUGUGGAAGAAGGGAGAUGGCAGAUGGAAGAACUCCUGGGAAGGAGGCCGUGUGCAAGCAGUCCUGACCAGUGACUCCCCAGCUCUGGUGGGAUCCAAUAUCACAUUUGUGGUGAACCUGGUGUUCCCCAGAUGCCAGAAGGAAGAUGCCAAUGGCAACAUCGUUUAUGAGAAGAAUUGCAGAAAUGAUUUGGGGUUCUCUUCUGACCGGUACGUCUACAACUGGACAGCAGGAGCAGAGGGUGGUGACUGGGAAGGCAGCACCGGCCAGAGCCAGCACCUGGCGUUCCCCGACGGGAAGCCCUUCCCUCGCCCCCACGGAUGGAAGAAGUGGAGCUUCGUCUACGUCUUUCACACACUUGGUCAGUAUUUCCAAAAACUGGGUCGGUGUUCAGCACGGGUUUCUGUAAACACAGCCAAUAUGACACUUGGCCAUCAGGUCAUGGAAGUGACUGUCUUUCGAAGACACGGCCGGGCAUACAUUCCCAUCGCGCAGGUGAAAGAUGUGUAUGUGAUAACAGAUCAGAUCCCUAUAUUUGUGACCAUGUCCCAGAAGAACAACCGGAACUCGUCCGACGGAACCUUCCUCAGAGACCUCCCCAUUGUGUUCGACGUCCUCAUUCAUGAUCCCAGCCACUUCCUUAACGACUCUGCCAUUUCCUACAAGUGGAACUUUGGGGACAACACCGGCCUGUUUGUCUCCAACAAUCACAGUUUGAAUCACACAUAUGUGCUCAACGGGACCUUCAAUCUUAACCUCACCGUGCAAGCUGCAGUGUCUGGGCCAUGCCCUUCACCUUCACCUCCCACUUCACCAACUUCACCAACUUCACCAGCUUCACCAACUUCACCAGCUUCACCAACUUCACCAGCUUCACCAACUUCAUCACCAGCUUCACCACCAACUUCACCAGCUUCACCCACACAGCCAACACCCAGCCCCUCUUUAAUGCCUGCGGGUUACAACUCCAUGGAGCUGAAUGACAUUUCCAGCAAAAGCUGCCAGAUAAACAGAUACGGUUACUUCAGAGCCACCCUCACAAUUGUAGAGGGGAUCCUAGAAGUCAGCAUCAUCCAGAUAGCAGAUGUCCCAAUGCCCAUGCCACAGCCUGACAACUCCCUGAAGGACUUCAUUGUGACCUGCAAAGGGGCCACUCCCACGGAAGUUUGCACCAUCAUCUCCGACCCCACCUGCCAGGUGGCCCAGACGAGGGUCUGCAGCUCCUUGGCUCUGGACGAGCUGUGCCCGCUAUCCGUGAGAAGAGCCUUCAAUGGGUCUGGAACGUUCUGUGUGAACUUCACUCUGGGUGAUGACACAAGCCUGGCCCUCACCAGCACCCUGAUCUCUAUCCCUGGCAAAGACCCAGUCUCCCCGCUGAGAAUGACGAAUGGUGCCUUGAUCUCCAUCAGCUGUCUGGCUGUGUUUGUCACCAUGGUUACCAUCUUGCUAUACAAAAAACACAAGGCGUACAAACCUAUAGGACACUGCCCUGGGAAGACGGCCAAAGGCAGAAGCCUGAGUGUUUUCCUCAGCCACGCAAAAGCCCCGUUCUUCCGAGGAAGCCAUGAGAAGGACCCGCUGCUGCAGAGCAAGCCAGGAAUGCCCUAAGUCUUAAGCCUUAUUUCUGACCAGGAUCCUACUCCGGUGUGUUUACGUGAGCUGCGCAGAAGCACGUUACUGGUAACUCUCAUUUCUGAAGGAUUAUUGUAAAAUAUAAAUCAGGCUUAGGGAGGCUAGUUAAAUGGCACUUUGGAGAAGAAACGGCCUAGUGUUUUGUCCCAUUUGUGUUGUGGCUUUUACGCUGUUAGUAGGAUGGGCUUACUGUGUCUGAGGACUGGGGGAGAGGUCACCGCUCCUGAAGGUUGUAGGUUAACUGUGAGAGGAGAUCACAUGCUUCUCACUUUCCACAUAACCUUGUGCUAGACCAGCUAGUCCUGACCUGAAGACCUAGUCCAUCUGACUGAACUUCAGAUCACUGAGCAUGCCUGAGCCCCUGGCAGAACGAUAAUACAAGCUUUUUGUAUGGUGUAUGUGUGUACAUAUUAUGCUCAUUAAAGAGUCAGCCUAACAAGCUGGUGUGAUUAUUCUAUCAGGUGAAAACUUUUCCUGUCUAGUUGAUGCACUCACCCGUUCAUUUAUCCAUGAACAUUUACUUAGUGCUUUCUGAAUACCGACCAUGAUGCUGGGACUUGGUGUUGCCCCCAGAGCUGAUGCUCUCUUGUGCACAUCUGGCUCUUGGUAUGUGCUGGUGUGUGCAUGUAAAAUCAUGUGCUAUGGUUUUCUAAGGGAGGCCACUUCUUUUCCUACCAGUUUCUGUGUGAAAACUCAUACAGGAAAUAAUCAAGGCACUCACUUCUGUUUGUAACUCAAAUCCUGUGCCAAUGACAUUCUCUUUUCUACUUCCUGGAAAAAUAAAAUGUGGGAUGCGAUGA